AUGGCUGGUGGCAGGCGUGCUCCCACCAAGGUGGCCGAUUCACCCCCUCCCGCUCAGCUGGUGAAGCCGGCCGAGGGGCCGCAGGCCGAAGAUGCGGACGAGGGCAGCGAGCAGAAGGUCGUCGGCCCGAACGUCACCGGCAAGCGCGAGGAGUACCAACUCACGCGCCACCUCAUGAGCGCGCUGUUCGGCGGGGUCUACGAGGCGAAGGGGCUCUCCACAGGGAAAGACUUUGCCAUCAAGGUGCUGCACAAGAGCGAGGUGUCCAGGACGGAGGAGCUCAGGUCCAUCGAGUUCUGCGAGGUCCCUCUGAGCGAGGUCCGGUUCGCAGAGCUCAUGAGGGGCCACGAGCACGUCAUGGAGCCCGAGGAGUACUUCGAAGACAACUUGUGCUUCUAUGUGGUCUUCCAGCUGGCGCACGGCGGGGACCUUCUGGAGGCGCUGAAGAAGAAGCCCCAUGGCUUCGACGAGGCCCACGCGCAAUUUUUCAUCAAGCAGGCCGCGAAGGGGCUGGCCUUCCUGCAUGGGCGCCGAGUUGCAAUGCAGGACGUAUCGCUGGAGAACCUACUGCUGCACGUCGACGAGAGCACUGGGGGUUUCCGGGUCAAGAUUUGCGACCCAGGCCAGGCGGUCGUCUUCGAGGUCUCCCCCAGCGGUGGGGCAGAGGUGCCCGUGGACUUCCGCGGCAUGGUCGGCAAGUCUUUCCGGCCGCCCGAGUUGAUGGAGCUGCGACCCUAUCGCGCCACGCAGGUGGACUCUUGGUGCCUGGGCUGGAGCACGUUCUACCUGCUGGCGGCGCAGCCGCUCUUCCUGAGCGCCGACCCGAAGCAGCAGGACCCAGACUGGCUCCUCUUCCGGCGCGGCGACUACGGGUCCCUGCUGCAGCAGAAGCAUUGCGCGUGCUCGCAGAUGGCGCUGGACUUCAUUCUGAGGCUGAUGCACCUUGACCCCUCAAAGCGCAUGUCGAUCGCGGACGCCCUCGGGCACGCCUGGCUCGCGGACCCGCGCAUCCCUGCGUGCCUGCUGCCCGCGGUGGUCCUGCCGGAGGCCAGGCGCGCCGCCCUGGAGGACGCCGCGGACGACCAGGCCGCGGCCGGCCUCGCUGCGGCGCAGGGCGUGGCCCCCCCGGCGUGCGCAGAGGUCGCCGCCGCCGGCGGAGCCCCCAGCGCGUGGCCGCCUCCGGGCUCGGGCGUGCAGCCGGGCACCGUCGCUGGGCCGGCCAGCGUGCCCAGCGCCGCCCCGCGGCAGGCCCGCCUCCCCGCCGGGAGCCUGGCCGUGCCCCCGCCGGGCGGCGCCGUGACGGUGGUGCAGCCGCAGCAGCCUGCCGUGGGCGGCUCCCUGGCCGCGGCCCCCGCUCGCAGCUCGGCGGCGCGCCUGUCGCCGCCACCGGCCCCAGGUGCUCCGCAGCUGGCGCCCCAGGAGCCGCGCCAGGCGCGGCCCGCCGCCAGCUCGGCCCCGGGCCGCGAGUGGGUGGCCACCAACCACUCCCCGCCGCCCUGGCGGGAGCUCGCCCCCGCGGCCCCGCGCAGCGCCGGCGCGCCGCCCACGGCGAGGCGCGCCCUGCCCUGGCCGCCGACGCCGGGCAGCAGCCUCGGGGGGGAGCCGGGCUCCCCCUCGCGGCGGCCGCUGCUGCAGCGGCCGGGCGGCGCGCAGCCCUCCGCCGCGCCCCUGGUGCAGCAGCCGCCGCCGACGACGCCGGCCAGGCCCGAGGCGCGCGGCCCCUCGCCGACCGUGCUGGACCCGCGGCGCAUCGUGGGCGCGCAGGCCGUGCAGGCCACGCCGCGGCCCGUCAGCAGGCCGCCGCCGGGGACGCCGCGCGGCAGCGGCGGCGCCAGCGCCGCACGCCUGGCGGUGCAGGGGCAGGAGGGCCUGGGCCCGCUGGAGAGGACCCCUGGCAGGGUGGGCCACGGGCGCGAGGGGCAGUCGCUCCUCGUCGCGCCGGGGAGCGUGGGGGCCUCCAGCGCAGCCCCAGCAGCGACCCUGGCGGCGCUGGGCAUGCCGAUGGCUCAGAAGGCUCUGGUCCGCCGAGCUGGUCCGCCCAUCGCCGAUCUGGAUCGAUGUGCGACGGAUCGGGGCUUCGAUAGGCCACGAGCCCCUGGGCAGCCCUUCGUGGUGCGGCCGCCUCCGCGCAGCCCGAGCCCCGUCCGGCGGGACGGCAGCCCGGCCCCCGUGCAGAUGGCCUCCCCGCCGCUGCAGCCGCGCAACACCA